UAUUAAAAUUCAAAAGGAGUAAGAAGAAGAUUGGCGGCUGUGUUUUUCUCACAAAUUUUUUGCAUUUUUACCUUCAUUUACGACAAAUUUAAGUUAAUUAUUGAAGUGAAAGCACUGCAAGGAACCCAAAUGGACCUCAAUGAGGAGAAUUUUCGUCUUUUGGCGCAAUAUUUGCAGCAAACACUCAGCCCGGAUCCCAAUGUUCGACGCCCAGCUGAGCAAUUUCUCGAGGGUGUUGAGGGCAAUCAAAACUAUCCAAUAUUGUUGCUGCAUCUCAUCGAUAAGGAGGAUUUGGACAUGACAAUCCGAGUGGCGGGUUCUGUGACAUUCAAGAACUACGUGAAGAGGAAUUGGUACUAUGACCCGGAUGAGGGGAAACCAGAUAAGAUUCAUGAGACAGACAGAACGGCCAUAAAGACGCUGAUUGUGACGCUAAUGCUGAAAUCCCCGACGGCGACGCAGAAACAGCUGAGUGACGCCGUGAGCAUCAUUGGGAAGCACGAUUUCCCGGGGAAGUGGCCCCAAUUGAUUGAUGAGAUGGUGGAUAAGUUUGCAACGGGAGAUUUCAAUGUGAUCAAUGGUAUCCUCCAGACGGGACAUUCACUCUUCAAGCGCUACCGGUACGAGUUCAAGAGUCAAACACUCUGGCUGGAAAUUAAGCUGGUGCUGGAUAAAUUGGCAAAACCCCUCACGGAUCUCCUUGUGGCCACGAUGAAUCUCGCCACGCAGCAUGCGAGCAAUCAGCAGGCAUUGCGGGUCAUCUACGGGUCCCUCGUGCUCGUCUGUAAGGUCUUCUACUCCCUCAACUACCAAGAUCUUCCGGAAUUCUUCGAGGAGAACAUGGAAACGUGGAUGCCGAGCUUCCACACAAUGCUCACGACGGAUGUUCCCCUCCUGCGUACGGGUGAUGAUGAAGAUGCCGGCGUAAUGGAACAGCUACGAUCGCAAAUCUGUGAGAAUCUCUGCCUCUAUGCGCAGAAGUACGAUGAAGAGUUCAGCCCGUACAUGCCGCAAUUUGUGACAGCUGUGUGGGAAUUGCUGGUCAAUACGGGCAUUCAGACAAAGUACGAUACCCUCGUGUCGCACGCCCUCACCUUCCUCGGCACUGUGGCCGAUCGUACGCACUACCGGCACCUCUUUGAGGAUCCCAACGUCCUGGCGAGUAUCUGUGAGAAGGUCAUCAUUCCCAACAUGGACUUCCGUGCGUCCGACGAGGAGCUCUUCGAGGAUAAUCCCGAGGAGUACAUUCGCCGGGAUAUUGAGGGCUCAGACAUCGAUACACGUCGUCGGGCAGCGUGUGAUCUCGUGAAGAUUCUCUCGCAGAAGUUUGAGGGGAAAAUCUUUGAGAUCUUCAGUCAAUACCUCCAAGUUCUCCUGGGGCGUCAUGCGGAGAAUCCCCAUGCAAAUUGGCGUGCCAAGGACACCGCAAUCUUCCUCGUCACAUCGCUGGCAUCAAGGGGAAGUACUCAGCGGCAUGGGGUCACGCAGACGUCGGAACUGGUGCCAUUGCCACAGUUCUGUCAGCAGCAAAUUGUCCCAGAACUCGAGAGGACAAACAUCAAUGAGCUGCCUGUGCUAAAGGCGGAUGCCCUGAAGUUCCUCAUUAGCUUCCGGAGUUGUCUUGAAACAUCAAGCGUCGUGGGGUGCCUUCCCCUCAUUAUAAGGCAUUUGCAGGCUCAAAGCGUCGUGGUGCACAGUUAUGCGGCAUGUGCCAUUGAGAAAAUCCUCAUGAUCCGCAUUCCUGGUCAGAAGGCUCCUGUUACAUCGGCUGUACUCACCCCAUUGGCAGGGGAUCUCUACGGGGGGUUGUUUGGAUGCCUCCAGCUGGCGGGUUCAGCGGAGAAUGAGUACGUAAUGAAGGCAAUAAUGCGAAGUACAUCAGUCCUUCAGGAGGGAAGUCUCCCAUUUAUGGGUUCCAUCGUCCUGCCGCGUCUUACGGAAAUUCUCACGCUGGUGGCAAAGAAUCCGUCAAAGCCGCAUUUCAAUCACUACCUCUUUGAGACACUCUCACUGUCCAUAAAGACCGUGUGCAAGGCUCAACCGACUGCUGUGGAGUCCUUCGAGGACGCUCUCUUCCCGAUCUUUCAGGCAAUCCUGCAGCAGGAUGUCCUUGAAUUCAUCCCCUACGUGUUUCAACUGCUCUCAUUACUGCUGGAGAUGCGUGAAGGUGUCGCAACAAUCCCUGAGCCCUACAUGGCACUCUUUCCAUUCCUCCUGUCGCCACUUCUUUGGGAUCGUCCGGGGAAUGUUACGCCACUCAUACGACUCAUCUGUGGCUACAUACGUCAGGGAUCAGCGCAAAUUGUGGCCUUUGGGAAGCUCAAUGCCGUACUUGGGGUGUUCCAGAAGAUGAUUGCCUCAAAGACGAAUGAUCAUGAAGGCUUCAACCUCCUGCAGACACUCCUAAUGCACUAUCCCAUGCAGGAGCUACAGCAGAGUCUUCGACAGAUCUUUGUGCUCCUCUUUCAACGCUUGAGCUUGUCCAAGACGACUAAAUACACGCGCGGAUUGAUUGUCUUCUUCAGCUUCUACGCCGGGAAGGUGGGAAGUGCAAAUCUCGUCCAGAUGAUUGAUGAGAUUCAAGGACAAAUGUUCGGCAUGGUACUCGAUCGUGUCUUCAUCCCCGAUCUCAAUCGCAUUGCGUCGGAUGUGGAGAAGAAAAUUGUAGCUGUUGGCGUCACGAAGAUCCUGUGUGAGUGCCCGAGUAUGCUUGUGGAGCCCUAUUUGCCGUUCUGGCCACGACUCAUGGAGGCUCUCCUUCAGAUCUUCGAAGCACAGCCCGAUGCAACGGAGGGUGAGGAUGAUUUUGUCGAUGUGGAAGAUACUCCGGGGUACCAGGUGGCCUAUUCACAGCUCAACUAUGCGCAGGCAAAGGCAAAUGAUCCAUAUCCGGAAGUGACCGAUGGGAGGGCAUUUCUCGUGCAGAAUCUUGCCAAAAUGGCAGCCACACAGCCCGGACAGUUGCCGCAACUCAUCAGCAAACUUUCAGCCCUCCCACAGCAAAUCCUCAGCAAGUACUGCUCUCAAGCUGGCGUACAGAUUGCCUAAUGAAGGCCCAUCUGCUUUUUUUUGUUAACAGCUGAGACUCCCCUAAGAAGAAAAAAAAAUGGGGCCACUGACAUCCAGUUUUAUUCUUUUUUUCACAACAUGAUGUAGGUUCAUUAAUUGUAAUAAAUAAAUGAUUUUUGAAACCUAA